AUGUCUUUAGAAAAAGACAGUGCUCUUAACACCCUCACUCCCUUCAAGGCAGUCACCACCCACAGCCCCUUCCUUCAAGGCAGUCACCACCCACAUCCCCUUCAUUCAAGGCAGUCACCACCCACAUCCCCUUCAUUCAGGGCAGUCACCACCCACAGCCCCUUCAUUCAAGGCAUCCACCACCCACAGCCCCUUCCGUCAAGGCAGUCACGCACCCACAGCCCCCUCAUUCAAGGCAGUCACCACCCACAGCCCCUUCCUCCAAGGCAGUCACCACCCACAUCCCCUUCCUUCAAGGUAGUCACCACCCACAUCCCCUUCCUUCAAGGCAGUCACCACCCACAACCCCUUCCUCCAAUGCAGUCACCACCCACAGCCCCGUCCUUCAAGGCAGUCACCACCCACAGCCCCUUCCUUCAUGUCAGCCACAACCCACAUCCUCUUCCUUCAAGGCAGUCACCACCCACAUCCCCUUCCUUCAAGGCAUGCACCACCCACAAUCCCUUCCUUCAAGGCAGUCACCACCCACACCCCCUGCUUAGGACAGUCACCACCCACAGCCCCUUCCUUCAAGGCAGUCACCACCCACAGCCCCGUCGUUCAAGGCAGUCACCACCCACAUCCCCUUCCUUCAAGGCAGUCACCACCUACAUCCCCUUCCUUAAAGACAGCCACCACCCACGAUCCCUUCCUUCAAGGCAGUCACCACCCACAACCGCUUCCUUAAAGACAGCCACCACCCUCACCCCCUGCUUAAGACAGUCACCACCCACAACCCCUUCCUUCAAGACAGUCACCAACCUCACCCCCGUCCUUUUUAAGACAGUCCCCAACCUCACCCCCUUUUUAAGACAGUCACCAACCUCACCCCCUUUUUAA